AUGGCCAUCUCCAGCAGGAACAAGGGCACCCCGCAUGGCACCACAAACACCAGGUACGGCACCAGGAACGCCCCUGAGAAAUACACACCACCAAAUCAAUACUCGAGAACAAAAUGAUAGCUAUUACAGUACCUUAUAGAAACAAGAGGAGAAAUACCAUACUCCCAUACCUUGUCUUUGUCUUGUGACCUCUGUACUUGGUCUGUUAAAUGAAACACACACAUUGGCUCUGUACAAACAGAGGUUUAAAAACAGGGGUUUAAAUGGUCUAAGUUGCUCAUUUGUUCAGCUGAUCAUCAUUUGAAUAACCUUGGCACCCUCUCCUUCAUGGACACACCUCCACCAUUUUUGUAGCAGAGGUAGGGGAACCUCCACACGUUACCUAGACCCACCACGUUCCCUGCUACGGCCAGGAGAAACUCUGUCUUGCUGCCCCAGUGACCUCUCUCCUCCAUCUUCACCUUCGCUGAUCCCUCCUUCUGACCCAGGUCAUCAUCCUUUCUUUCUCCGCCCUCCAGGCUUUUCCGUUUGUCCCAUCUCUCCCAUAUGUCUGUCCGUCCAUUGUGUUCUGAACGCUGGUGUCUAUCCCAAGUUCAGCCAGUGUGACUGAAGCAGCAGGAGUCUGAGAUGUACUCAUUGACUCAGACAGACACAUUCCAACUGCUACCGUUGAGUUUGGACAACUACAAUCCUUCAAUAAGUUACUACGGCCUGAAAGGACCUUACUCAAAGACAUGGGCUCUAGAGUGCAUUAUUGUAGCCAUUUUCUGUAGCCUGUCAACUAUGUGUCUGUCUAUCCCUGUUCUCUCCUCUCAGCACAGGCUAUACAAACGCCUCACACCACGUGGCUGCUGCCACUCUAACCUGGUGGUCCCUGCACACACGACCCACGUGGAGUUCCAGGUCUCCGGCAGCCUCUGGAACUGCCGUUCUGCGGCCAACAAGGUCAGAGUUCAUCUCAGCCUAUGCUACCCUCCAGUCCCUCGACUUCUUGGCACUGACGGAAUCAUGGAUUACCACAGAAAACACUGCUACUCCUACUGCUCUCUCCUCGUCUGACCAUGUGUUCUCGCAUACCCGGAGAGCAUCUGGUCAGCGGGGUGGUGGCACAGGAAUCCUCAUCUCUCCCAAGUGGACAUUCUCUCUUUCUCCCCUGACCCAUCUGUCUAUCUCCUCAUUUGAAUUCCAUGCUGUCACAGUCACUAGCCCAUUCAAGCUUAACAUCCGUAUCAUUUAUCGCCCUCCAGGUUCCCUUGGAGAGUUCAUCAAUGAGCUUGACACCUUGAUAAGUUCCUUUCCUGAGGAUGGUUCUCCCCUCACAGUUCUGGGCGACUUUAACCUCCCUACGUCUACCUUUGACUCAUUUCUCUAUGCCUCCUUCUUUCCACUCCUCUCCUCUUUUGACCUCACCCUCUCACCGUCCCCCCCUACUCACAAGGCAGGCAAUACGCUUGACCUCAUCUUUACUAGAUGCUGUUCUUCUACUAAUCUCACUGCAACUCCCCUCCAAGUCUCCGACCACUACUUUGUAUCCUUUUCUCUCUCGCUCUCCUCCAACACUACUCACUCUGCCCCUACUUUUCUCUCCCGCUACUCUCUCCUCUUCCAUCCUAUCAUCUCUUCCCUCUGCUCAAUCCUUCUCCCUCCAAUCUCCUGAUUCUGCCUCCUCAACCCUCCUCUCCUCCAUUUCUGCAUCCUUUGACUCUCUAUGUCCCCUAUCCUCCCGGCCGGCUCGGUCCUCCCCUCCUGCUCCGUGGCUUGACGACACAUUGCGAGCUCACAGAACAGGGCUCCGGGCAGCCGAGCGGAAAUGGAGGAAAACUAGACUCCCUGCGGACCUGGUAUCUUUUCACUCCCUCCUCUCUACAUUUUCUUCCUCUGUUUCUGCUGCUAAAGCCACUUUCUACCACUCUAAAUUCCAAGCAUCUGCCUCUAACCCUAGGAAGCUCUUUGCCGCCUUCUCCUCCCUGCUGAAUCCUCCUCCCCCUCCCCCCCUCCCUCUCUGUGGAUGACUUCGUCAACCAUUUUUAAAAGAAGGUUGACGACAUCCGAUUCUCGUUUGUUAAGUCAAAUGACACCGCUGGUCCUGCUCACACUGCCCUACCCUAUGCUUUGACUUCUUUCUCCCCUCUCUCUCCAGAUGAAAUCUUGCGACUUGUGACGGCCGGCCGCCCAACAACCUGCCCUCUUGACCCUAUCCCCUCCUCUCUUCUCCAGACCAUUUCCGGAGACCUUCUCCCUUACCUCACCUCGCUCAUCAACUCAUCCUUGACCGCUGGCUAUGUCCCUUCCGUCUUCAAGAGAGCGAGAGUUGCACCCCUUCUCAAAAAACCUACACUCGAUCCCUCCGAUGUCAACAACUACAGACCAGUAUCCCUUCUUUCUUUUCUCUCCAAAACUCUUGAGCGUGCCGUCUUUAGCCAACUCUCUUGCUAUCUCUCUCAGAAUGACCUUCUUGAUCCAAACCAGUCAGGUUUCAAGACUGGUCAUUCAACUGAGACUGCUCUUCUCUGUGUCACGGAGGCUCUCCGCACUGCUAAAGCUAACUCUCUCUCCUCUGCUCUCGUCCUUCUAGAUCUAUCUGCUGCCUUUGAUACUGUGAACCAUCAGAUCCUCCUCUCCACCCUCUCCAAGUUGCGCAUCUCCGGCGCGGCUCACUCUUGGAUUGCGUCCUACCUGACAGGUCGCUCCUACCAGGUGGCGUGGCGAGAACCUGUCUCCGCACCACGUGCUCUCACCACUGGUGUCCCCCAGGGCUCAGUUCUAGGCCCUCUCCUAUUCUCGCUAUAGACCAAGUCACUUGGCUCUGUCAUAUUCUCACAUGGCCUCUCCUAUCAUUGCUACACAGACGACACACAAUUAAUCUUCUCCUUUCCCCCUUCUGAUAACCAGGUGGCGAAUCGCAUCUCUGCAUGUCUGACAGACAUAUCAGUUUGGAUGACGGAUCACCACCUCAAGCUGAACCUCGGCAAGAUGGAGCUACUCUUCCUCCUGGGGAAGGACUGCCCGUUCCAUGAUCUCGCCAUCACGGUUGACAACUCCUCCUCCCAGAGUGCAAAGAGCCUUGGCGUGACCCUGGACAACACCCUGUCGUUCUCCGCUAACAUCAAGGCGGUGACCCGAUUCUGUAGGUUCAUGCUCUACAACAUUCGCAGAGUACGACCCUGCCUUACACAGGAAGCGGCACAGGUCCUAAUCCAGGCACUUGUCAUCUCCCGUCUGAAUUACUGCAACUCGCUGUUGGCUGGGCUCCCUGCCUGUGCCAUUAAACCCCUACAACUCAUCCAGAACGCCGCAGCCCGUCUGGUGUUCAACCUUCCCAAGUUCUCUCACGUCACCCCGCUCCUCCGCACACUCCACUGGCUUCCAGUUGAAGCCAGCAUCUGCUACAAGACCAUGGUGCUUGCCUACGGAGCUGUGAGGGGAACGGCACCUCCGUACCUUCAGGCUCUGAUCAGUCCCUACACCCAAACGAGGGCAUUGCGUUCAUCCACCUCUGGCCUGCUGGCCCCCCUACCUCUGCGGAAGCACAGUUCCCGCUCAGCCCAGUCAAAACUGUUCACUGCUCUGGCACCCCAAUGGUGGAACAAGCUCCCUCACGACGCCAGGACAGCGGAGUCACUCACCACCUUCCGGAGACACUUGAAACCCCACCUCUUUAAGGAAUACCUGGGAUAGGAUAAAGUAAUCCUUCUACCCCCCCUUUCCCCACCCCAAAUAAAAAAUAAAAUAAAAAAUAAAUAAUAAUAAUAAUAUUGUAAAGUGGUUGUCCCACUGGCUAUCAUAAGGUGAAUGCACCAAUUUGUAAGUCGCUCUGGAUAAGAGCGUUUGCUAAAUGACGAAAAUGUAAAUGUAAUAAGUUAGCAUGAUGAGUUAUGAUUAACUUACAUAAUCUACUUAGGCUUCAAAACAAUCAAAUGUACAAAUAGGGAGGAAUUGAAUUCCAUCUCCUUGCACUGAUAAAGUUAAAUGUCAUUGAAAACAAAAGGGCUUUGUUUUUUGCUAUUGGUUAUGUUUAACAGUGCGAGCAUGAUUCCUGACAGAAAUGAAGGUGACAUUCCUAACUUGUUAAACCUGUCUGCUGUACGUGUAUUAGGUAAACUGACAUGCCACUCUGUGUCUGUGAUGCAAUCUUUGCAAGAGACCAAUCCGUGUGUUGUACAGCAAGGUAAUCAGGCUGUGACAACAAACCCACAGAAACAAAAGUGUGAAUAGAACCUAAUCUCUUCACACUCAAGGUUUACACAUCUAUCUUGAGAUGAAGUGUAUCUUGAUUUGGGCUCUGCUUUGCAGCCAUACCAUACUAUAUGCAGGUGAGUGUACUUAAGGACAUUUACAUGACAGAUAUUCUUUACCUAUUUACUGUAUAUUAAUCAUAUUAACCAUAUCUUUGCAUAAAUAUUUGAAAUUAAAUAUUAUCUCUGCAUGUUGUGUUGUUUUGCAGAUGCUCAGGUCCUCCACCUACAUCACAUAGGGUCAGAGGGUGUAGCAGGUCUGCCAGAGUUCAUGGGGUCGUGGAGUGUAGAUGACAGAACCAUCCUCCAGUAUGACAGUAACACCAUGCACAUGGACGCUGACGCCCCAAUACCUGAUUGGCUCAGCAGCAACGAGGGUCCCUCUCAUUGGAGGCGAAUGAACUUCGUCUCCAGAAUGAUUCGCAGGUUUUUGGUUACCACCUUGAAUACGAUUGGGCAGCAUGAUAACCUUACAGGUGAGUGCUGUCAACUCAAUGCAUUUGUAUAUCCAUUAUAUUAGAAUGAUUACAAUCUAUUUAUUUACAAAAUCACAAUUUUUUAAAUCUCUAUUCUUUCAAUUUCAUAGAAACCUAAUAAACCGUACUUACAAGUAAGCAUUUCACUGUAAUGUCUGCACCUGUUGUAUUCGGCGCAUGUGACCAAUAAAAUUGGAUUUGAUUUGAUUUGAUUUACACCUUAGCAUACACUCCUGAACUCCACAAAUAUGAUACUUAUUCUAUUUCCUGAAGCUUCCCCUCCUCAGGCUCGGCUUUACCAAACUCACGGCUACUGCCAACUGAACCCUGAUGGUACAAUGCACACCUCUGUCAGCCAUGGCUACAACGGGAAGGACUUUGUGACCUUUGACAUCCCAGCCAGGACCUGGGCGGCUGCAGUCCCUCAAGCUGUCCACUUGGUGAAGUGCAGAGCCAACAGAGCAUUUGAUCUGGAGAACCUUUACUACUACUACAACUAUGAGUGCAUCGAAAGGCUAAAGACCAUUUUGAAGUACGCACCUUGGAUCCACGACAAAAAAGGUAGACAGACAUACAGUCAGACAGUAUAGUAUUCUUCAAAUGCUAAUUAUGUCAGCGGUCAAUGUGUCAGUGGUAGAGACAAUGUUGACAACACAAUGAACGUUGAGGUGGCUUGAUCACACCUGGUCUUCUCUCAGUCCCUGAGGUGGGUGUUAUUGAGAGCAGAGGCCUACGGAUACCCUCCAAGGUGGAGGUCACGUGUCAUGUGACAGGGUUCUACCCUCGGGCGGUGCAGGUGGAAUGGCUGGGGACAGAGGGGCUUCCCCUGGUGGACGGGGUGAGCAGUGGGGAGGUGCUGCCCAACGGAGAUGGUUCGUACCAGCUGAGGAAAAGCCUGACUCUCCCACAGGGAGCCCAGUACACCCAACACUACAGCUGCCUGGUGCUCCACAGCAGUGUAGCGGGGAACAUCACAGUAAACUGGGGUAAGGCACCGGUACUGGGGAACAUGCCUUUGUGUUAUCUUUCCAUUUGUUUGUUGAGUAAGGAAUGGACUGUUACCUACGAGGAAUAUCCUAUAUAAAAGUGUAACCUACGCUCACCUCAGGGUAAAAUGAUUAUUUAGGACGUCACUUUGAAAUGACCAACACUUUGAAAUGACCUGUUUUCUCUUUAUAUCUAUGUCCACAGUUCCCAAGACCCGGUCCAGCUACUGGAGGGCCAGUAUCUUAACAGUGAUUGGCUGUCUAUUGUUUCUGACGUUGUUGGUCUGUUGUGGAAGAGAGGAGGAGCAGUCAGAGAGACCUCCUCUGUGACUUCCAAGUCUGACCACGGCAUGACCCAGUCCACCACUUACCAGGAACUGCAGGCACACGUCACUGUUUUUGCUCCAACUGAGAGAAAGUUGCUCAGUUGCUAUAAAUAG